UUCUUGAUGGGCUCACCAACCCAUUGCUUUCUUGUUCGCCAUUUGACCCACUCUCUCUCUCUCUCUCUCUCUCUCUAUCUGCUGCACGGGCCAAAAGGAAACAAGACAGUGGAGGAGUCUUCUCACGGAAGCAGAUACUCCAGUCUCCAGCAGUAGGCGGAGACCCUUCUCCACAAAGCAAGAGCCAGGCGAGGCGCCGGCCGGAGAGGAAAAGCAGGCUUCAUAAAUGGCAGAGAAGGUUGCAGAAGAUGGAGCUAGAGAUGCUCGCGCGGUUCCCACUGCUUCCAUUCCUUCAGGCGACCACACGGUUUGGGCCGACGCUUCCCCUCUCCUCGAGGCCGCAACGAAAGAUCUUCAAGAUGGUGAGCUCAUUCAUGGUGAUAAUUUUAAUCUUUUUGCAGCCAUGUCUGCUUUGGAGAUAAUGGACCCAAAGAUGGAUUCAGGUAUUGUUUGUAGAUAUUACUCUGUUGAUGAAGCCAUUGAGAAUGGUGCUGCUCCAGUUCCAUUUAGCUUCAAUAAAACUAUUGACGUUCAAUGCACAAUUGACCUCAUGGAUCAUCUUCUAGCAUGCGAGGCAACAUGGCAUAAGGGUCAUUCGCUGGCACAAACUGUCUAUUCUUGCAUCUAUCUUCUGAGGCCUGAGCGAACAUCAUCACAUGCCUUAUUGGAUUCUUAUUGCAGAAUCAUACGUGCAACCUGCAAUGCAGUUAUAUCUGUUGUUUCAGAUGCACGUACGCAUGAAGAAGAGGAUCUUUUUACAAUGGCACAUGGUCUACCCUUGAAAUUAGAUCGAGAUGAAAAAUGCUUGUCAAUGCUAAAUGCUGUAGAAGAAACAAUUUCUCGCCAACUUCGUGCUUGCAAGGCUCCAUCAUAUAAAAAAAGAGUAUUAGAAGAUAUAGAGCCAUUACAAUGUAAUCCUGAUUUGGAAGAAGGCUAUUGCAAAGCUUUGCUAUGCCGCCUACGUUUUCGUAAGCAUUUUUACCAUGUUCUUGUGUGUAUGAGACGGCCUCAAGGAAGAGGUUUGGAUUUGGCGAGAAAACAUAUAGCCUUCUGUUUAGCAGAGCUAGAAUGCAUUGUUAAAUCGGCAGAAUUCCUUAGAUCUAGUUCAUGUGGAACUCGUGAAGAUGGUGUUGAUUAUAGAACGACGGCUUCUUGCAGUGAACCCGUUGGUUUUGAUGCUAGUUUAAAUUGUAGAUUAUCUGCCCCAACUCCGCCCCGCGCAAUUCAAAUCCUCAGUUGGAAAAGGGCUGUUGAAUAUUUUAAGAAACUUCUCCAUGAUCUAGACAUUGUAUGUUCCCAUUCUAUGGAUACAUUGUUAGAAGGUGUUUUGGGCUUUGUGGUCCAAUUUCAGAAGUCUCAACCUGAUUUGGUUGCAAGAGCUCAUCUCCAGCUUCUACUUGUUCAAGAUGGGAAACUCUAUGGUUGGGAUCCAAUGUUUGCUGUAAUUUCUAGAGCUGCAUCAUUACCUGAAGUCGUAAAGAACUAUAAUAUUCAAAAUAAUGAAUCUGUUGUACAACUAGGGCAGUUAGUGAUCAAUUUACUUAAAAUUCUUUGUACAAAUGCUGCAUGGCAACGGCGUAAGCUUGGGAAAAUUCUGCAAGAUUGGCGUGUCAUAUAUAUGCAGCUAGAACUGGCUUUUAAUAAAGACUUUGGAGAAAUGUCAAGCCUAGCAAAUGACGAGAAUGCAUAUAUAUCCAAACGCAUUCUUAUUUGGGUGGAGGAGCAAACAUACUGGAUUGCUUCUCGUUUUCUUUUUUUGGGUUUUGAGCUGGAGCUGUACUCUCCCAGUGAAUAUUGCAUGGUAUACUGGUAUAUUUAUGCUGCUCUUAUUAAGCUUGCUGAGAAGACACAUAUUAAGACAGUGACAAGCAAUGAUGCUGCUAAACGAAGGGGGAAGAAGAAAAGGGAUUCUCCGAAGGAUGUAGCUAGGGAUUAUCACAUCCCACCUGCGGUCCUGUUUCUUCAGUGCCACAUAUGCCUCGCUGAAGGUCUCACCCUGAUGCUUGCUGCCCUGAGGAAUGAAAAUAAGCUUUUCCAAAAUCCAAGCCCUUUUAAUACUGAGCAUGAGACAUUCAUUCAGCAUUUUGAGCUUCUUCAAAAAGCUUGCAUCCCUGAGCACGUUUCAUACAUCCCAUUCAAGGAGUCUACUUCCCAUGCUCGCUUUUCGACGUUGCUUGUGUACAAUUACUUCAAAGAUGCUCAGAGGAUUGCAAAGGAGCUCAGAAGUAGCUUUUCCAAUGACCCGGACCGAAUGGCUGAACUUCGUCAGAUAGAGCAGGUUGCAGAGCACAACGGCAUUGCCCUUAAUGUCAUUGGCCGGGUAGGAGCCCUAGACCCAUCACUCAAGGUUACGUUUGAGUUCAGUUACCAUCCCUACUUUGCUAUUGCUGUAGUUAAGAGAUCUUGAAGGCAUUCUUUUGAGUGAUCACCUCCACCAAUUUUGGGGCACUCUAAGUUUCUGAACCAUUUUCAGUCAUUCAGCAUAGCACUUGUAACAUGUAAAUUUUUGUUUGUUUAUUUUUUUAUUUCAUUAUUGAAUGAAUAUGUAGCUUGCUGUGAGAAAAUGAAUAAACUAAUAAACAUAACAUUGUUUUUAUAAUGUAAUCAGUAUUCUUGUUGGGCAUGUAUUAUACAGAAUGCGCAAGACAAUUAAUGGAAAUGUUGCAAAAAAUUUUGUUUGGUUUA